AAGCGGCGGAAGAAGAAGGAGGAGGAGGAGAGGCGGAAGGCCGGGCGACUAGGCCGCGCCGACGCCGGGGACUCGCGUAGCCGCCGCCGCCGGGGCGCCAUGAGCUAGCGCGGCCGCCCCGAUGUGGCUGCAGCAGCGGCUGAAGGGCCUGCCGGGGCUGCUCUCCAGCAGCUGGGCGCGUCGCCUGCUGGCCCUGCUGGCCUUCCUGCUGGCCGCCUCCUGGUACCUGGGCGGCGCCUGGCCGCGCCUCCUGCUUCGGCUGCGGCCCGGAGGAGCCUCGGGCGGCGCGGCGGGGCUGUGCCUGCAAGCCGAGACCCGCGCCUGGAGAGAAGCCCGGCUGCUGGGGGAAGGCCCUGGCCAGGGGCCCCCGGGCCUGGUGGGCAACGGGCACCUGCUGCUGGAUGCCCAGGCCAACCGCCUCUGGGUGGCCCCCCCGGGCGUCCCCCCUGGCCCGGCUUGGCCCACCGACUACGGCCCUUUGGCUCAGCUGCGGGGCCCGGCCGGGGCCGAGAGCGAGGCGGGGGCCUCCGCCCUGCUGCCCAAGGAAGGGGCCUUGCGGAGGGUCCGCUGCGUCCAGCCCGGGGGUCCCGGCGGGGCUUGCGUGACCGUCCGGGAGGAGCUGCUGGCCCACCGGGGACGCCCCCACCUCUACCUGCAGCGCCUGGUGGUGGACAAUCCGACUGACCGGCUGGUGGCUUUGGAAGUGACCGGUCCGGGUUCUUCGUCCUCUUCCUCCUCUUCCUCGGGCCGUUCCUUUGCCACCAGCCUGGAGAAAGCCGGUGACCGGCAGUUCUUCCUGUCCUCGGGCCGGGCGCUGCAGCCGGCCGGAGAGAAACUGGUGCUGGUGGUGGCAGCGGCCAAGAAGCUGGUCAGCCGGGUGCAGGUGGCGCCUAAGUCGCGCUUCGAGGAGACGCUGCUCUCCGUGGUGCUCAGCUCGGAGCCCAUCGAGGCGGCCCAGCUGGACGAGACCUUCGGGCGGCUGCGGGAAGCGGCCAAGAGGGAGAUGAUGGAGGUGCUGCCCCUGCGGAGCGAGGAGCUGGUCCAGGAACACCGCCGGGCGUGGGACGAGCUCUUCAUCUCAGGUGUGGAAAUGCGCAAGAUCACCGACGCUCACACCCCCUCCGGCGACACCGUCAACCUGACGCUUUACUUCGUCCUCUCCACCACCCCGGCUCCCCUCCUGGACCCCCGCCACGGCCCCGAGGAGAAGGAGAAAAUGGAGGCCACGCUGAACUACGCCGACCACUGCUUCAGCGGCCACGCCACCAUGCACGCCGAGAACCUGUGGCCCGGGCAGCUGUCCACCGUCCUGCAGGUUUUGCAGCUGUCCAACCUCUGGAAGCUGACGCUGCAGAAGCGCGGCUGCAAGGGGCUGGUGGCCGCCGGGGCCCACGGCCUCAUGCAGGGGAUGGUGCUGAGCUUCGGCGGGCUGCAGUUCACCGAAAACCACCUGCAGUUCCAGUCCGACCCGGAGGUCCUCCAGAACAGCUACGCCUUGCGGGGGAUCCGUUACAACAAGGACCUGAUCAGCCUGGCGGUGUUGCUGGAUGCCGACAGCAAGCCCUUCCUGCACGUCUCCGUCAAGUUCCAGGAGAAGCCGGUGAAGCUGUACGCCUGCGAGGGCGGCUGCGCCAACGACCCCGUGGAGCUGACCUCCCAAGCGCACGGCCACACCUUCCCCGUCAUGGUGACUCAGCCCAUCACGCCGCUGCUCUACAUCUCCCCCGACCUGGUGCACCUGCAGGACCUGCGCCACACCCUCCACCUCAAGGCCAUCCUGGCGCACGAGGAGCACAUGGCCAAGCGCUACCCGGGCCUCCCUUUCCUCUUCUGGUUCAGCGUGGCCUCCCUCAUCACCCUCUUCCACCUCUUCCUCUUCAAGCUCAUUUACAACGAGUAUUGCGGGCCGGGGGCCAAGCCGCUCUUCCGGAGCAAGGUGUAAAAACAAGGCCUUCGGACCAGGCUCGGCUGGAUGGCCGGAGCUGCCUGGGGGGGCUGCGCUUCUUCGACCCGGAACGCCGGCCCGGGAAGCAGGACACCUCGCAGGAGCUGAAGAAACAAGCAGCAGCCUCCGUGCGAGGGUGUGUGCGUGCGUGUGUGUGUUUGUGUGUUUGCACACCUGUGCAACUUGCACGCUUGCCUUUCUGGAAGACGAGAUCUCGAGGGAGGGAAGCCAAUUAAAAGAAAAAGGGCCGGCUUGCAAAUAAAGUGGUUCUUCUACCAAACGAUUCAGGGUUCUAUAAUUGUAGUUGUCACAGUUCUGCUCAGAAAAAAAGGAGGUGGACGGGAGGUAGUGAGAUGGGGGGGGGCUGGAUCAGGGGUGCCGAGGCUGACACCCCCAAGGAUGAAGCAAGGGCCUCGCUGUGUUCCCUCCCUUGUACGAGUAUCCCAGGAGGAAGGAGGUGGGGAGAUGCUCCUUUGGGGGUUGGGAAGCUUGGCACAAUUGACCAGACUCUUCCCAAAGUGCAUUUUUAUGCGGAGUUAAAAAAUCAAACCUCCUUACCUUGCUUCUCUGUCUCUCUUCUCUCUUCUCUCUCUCCCUCCCUCCCUCUCUCUCUCUCUCUCUCCUUUCUUUCCUCUCUCUCUCCUCUCUCUUCUCUCUCUCUUCUCUCUCUUCUCUCUCUCUCCCCCGCUUAGCUAUUCAACUGAAGAGCAGAGAUGGGGAAGCGCAAAGAUUACCCAACUGGAAUUGAACCAGGGACAGGAUUCUGGGUCUGCGGUCAGGCGGGGGAAACGGCCUCUCCUCUUGACCUGAAAAACGCGUU